CACACACACACACACACGCACGCACACAGCUGCCGCUUGCGUACUGUUGUUGUUCGACGCUAAAGCUAACAGCUAGCAGCUAACCCCAACUGUGAAGAUGUCGCCAGACCGACAGACGGAGCGACGCUCGCAUUGCUGACAUCUGCUUAGUUAUGUUAGUUAGCUCGGGUUAGCUCCGAUUAACCCGGGUUAACUGUCCUGUUCAGUUCUUUCUGCCCUCGUUGUGGGGAAGGACAAGCUAGCUAGCCGCUUAGCUCCAUUAACAUGUAUCAGCUAAUCAUCCAGUAUUAUUGAUGUUAGUCCCCUUAGCCGGGCUCAGCUGGAGGAGACUGGUUAGCCGUUAGCCUCUGGUUUAUUUAUGUCAGUAGAAAUAGCCGUAGCUUAUAUUGUUCAGUUAACGUUAGCUGGCUGCCGUUGUAGUGGUGUGGCCCCAUUUUAAAAUAUAUCCCGGGUUGUUUCCGUGAUGUAUGGUUGUAUUGAGGCAGCAGAGGUUGUUACAGUGGUGAAAUGUCUGUUUAAUCUUUUGGUACUAUUGAGCUAACAGUUAACGUUAGCUGUUAUCCGGAGCUAAUGGCGGUCUGAGGUCUUUGUUUCCAUCAGAAGGAGACGGUUUAUCAUGUGAGAGCAGGUAGCUCUGACUGUAAGCUUAGUUUGCAGGUAUAUUAGAGUAGACAUAGAUACAACACCCCGCUGAUCUGCAUUAUUUUCAGGUCUUUGGGUGUAGCAGAUGCUAAGCUAACAGAUAAUUGAGCACUACAGAGCUGAGGUCAGUCUUUGGCUGCUGUGACCUGCCUCCAGACAGACUCCAGUGUUUUAUUUGAUUUGUGAUGAUAUAUAGCUGCCAGCUCAUCCAGGUGUGCAGUGACACUCAUCAUCAGCAUCAAAAUAACUUUCAGCUGUUGGAGACAUAAGGGUUACCAUGGCCCUCAGAUCAGGCUGCAGGCAGAGCUGCUCGGCAUGCAUCGUCUACCUGCUCAUUCUGCCAGGAUGCAUUGCUGUGACUCAGAGGAAUGACAACGUCUACGUGUCAGGGAUUUCUAACGCCUGUGGUGACGUGGCAGAGCUCCUGCGGGCAUCCAGCGGCGUCAUCACCAGCCCCGGAUGGCCCUUUCAGUAUCCAGCCAAACUGAACUGCAGCUGGAACAUCAGAGCCCGACCAGGAGACACCAUCACCAUCAGUUUCCAGGACUUUGAUCUCCAGGGCUCCCAUCGCUGCUCCUUGGACUGGAUGUCCAUCAGCAGCUACAGAAGCCUGGAUGGACUGCGGGUCUGUGGUUCCUCCCUACCACCACCCUACGUCUCCUCCCAGGACCACGUCUGGAUCCACUUCCACUCUGAUGACAGUCUCACGGGGAAGGGUUUCAGACUGUCCUACAUCAGUGGUAAGCCAGAGGCGUCCAGCUGUGAUGUGGACCAGUUCCACUGCUCCAAUGGGAAGUGCAUCCCAGACUGGUGGCGCUGUAACUCCAUGGACGAGUGUGGUGACAAUUCAGAUGAGGAGCUGUGUGUGGACUCGCCGUUCUCCUUCCAGCCCUGCAGCCUGAAUCAGUUCCCCUGCCUGUCCCGCUACACCCGAAUCUACACCUGCCUGCCGCACAGCCUGCGCUGCGACGGCAGCAUCGACUGCCAGGACCUUGGUGAUGAGAUUGACUGUGAUGUUCCUACAUGUGGAGAAUGGUUGAGGAACUUCUAUGGCUCUUUCAGCUCUCCAAACUACCCUGACUUUUACCCUCCAGGAAGCAAUUGUACCUGGCUGAUCGACACUGGAGACCACAGGAAGGUCAUCCUGAGGUUUACAGACUUUAAACUUGAUGGCACAGGUUAUGGCGACUACGUUAAGGUCUAUGACGGCCUGGAGGAGAACCCUCGCCGUCUCCUCAGGGUGCUGACAGCGUUUGACUCCAGGGCGCCUGUUGCUGUGGUUUCAUCGUCUGGUCAGCUCCGAGUUCACUUCUACGCAGACAAGAUCAACGCUGCCAGAGGGUUCAACGUCACCUACCAGGUGGACGGGUUCUGUCUGCCAUGGGAGGUUCCCUGUGGGGGGAACUGGGGCUGUUACACUGAGCAGCAGCGCUGCGAUGGAUACUGGCAUUGCCCCAACGGUCGGGACGAGCUCAACUGUUCCUCGUGUCAGGAGGACGAGUUCCCAUGCUCCAGAAACGGAGCGUGUUACCCCCGAUCGGACCGCUGCAACUACCAGAACCGCUGCCCCAAUGGUUCUGAUGAGAAAAACUGCUUCUUCUGCCAGCCGGGAAACUUCCAUUGCAAGAACAACCGCUGUGUGUUUGAAUCGUGGGUGUGCGACGCUCAGGACGACUGUGGUGACGGCAGCGACGAGGAGAGCUGUCCCGUCAUCGUUCCCACCAGAGUCAUUACCGCCGCUGUCAUCGGCAGCCUCAUCUGCGGCCUCCUGUUGGUCAUCGCCCUCGGCUGCACCUGCAAACUCUACUCACUGCGCAUGUUUGAACGCAGGUCCUUUGAGACCCAGCUGUCCAGAGUGGAGGCAGAACUACUGAGGAGGGAAGCCCCGCCCUCAUACGGUCAGCUGAUUGCCCAGGGACUGAUCCCACCUGUGGAGGAUUUCCCAGUGUGCUCUGGGAGUCAGGCGUCCGUCCUGGAAAACCUCCGUCUGGCAGUCCGCUCUCAGCUCGGCUUUACCUCCCUUAGACUCCCCUCCUCUGGACGUCAUAACAACCUGUGGCGCCGUCUCUUCACCCUCUCACGGUCCCGGCGGUCUGGUUCUUUGGCCCUGGUCUCUGCUGACCUGGAGGACAGUGCUGGCACUGGGAGCACUGGGAGUUCUGGUUCAGAUCUGCUGUCUCCGGACUCAGAUGACACAGACACAGAGGGCGAGCGAGGGAGGGACCGUGGCGUGGGCGCAGUGGGCGGAUCUGUUACCCCCCUACCCCAGAAAACCCCCCCAUCCAGCGCUGUGGAGGCAGUGGUAUCCGUGUCGACAUCAGCGACCUCUUUGACACCUGGGCGCGAUAGAGGUUGUGAUAGGACCAGAGAGGCCCCACCUCCUGCUAGCCCGGUUGCUGUGGUAACAUCCAGCCCAGAACCCAGAUGUCACACUAAUACCUCAGAGCGCCACGCUCCACCCACCUCUGCUCUGCAGCGACUGGCCCAGAACCUCCAUCGUCUUGCUAGAAACCUGACCAGAGCCACCCAGAACCAGCAGGACCAGACCUGGAUCAAUCACAGUCCGCUUCGCCAACUGGAGACAGGAAGAAGUGGGACUGAGGCUGCGGAGCGAAGAAGCAGAGAAGAAGAUGAAGACGUGGAGCUCUUGAUCCCCGUCUCUGACUCUGACUCCUCCUCCUCGGUGAGUGAUGUCCGACAGCCGCUGCUGGAGCCACACCCUUCCUCCACCACAGGCCAUGCCUCUCGCCAUCACCAUGGAAACGGUUGUCGAGGAGGGCGGGACGGCCCCUGUGAACACUGCGGGAUGGUCCACACGGCUCAGAUUCCCGAUACCUGUCUGGAGGCCACAGGCAAGCCGGAGAGCAGCGACGACGAGCUGCUGCUGCUCUGCUAACAUGCUAACUGACUAACUCGCUGGUUAAUACUAAUAAUACCCUGACCCAACACCUACAGGUAGCUAAAAUGCUAACUGACACAGGUAAUCCAGCUAAUACGACCCUUUUGUAUUCCGACAGUUAGCUAACAUGCCAACUGGCUAACUCCACUAACACUACUCUGACCCAGGACCUCAGACAGCUAGCCAACACGCUAACAUUUCACACUGGACUACAAUUAGCAAACAGGCUAACAGAUAAGACUUGGUAACAGCCAGCCUUAAUGUUAACACUUUAACCGGACUUUAACACAGGAUGAUUGAAUACCUGUUAGCAUGUUAGCUGCAGUAAUGGUUAGCUUUUAGUGAUGUUGGAGAUGAGCAGACCAAUUAAGGGCCAGGGCAAGCGAAAUCACCAAUUGGAUCCUGAUGUUGGUACGACUCUGAAAACUCUCCCCAGUUGUUCCCCUGAUCUGUCCGUUAAAACACUCGCCUCCUCCUGCUCGGUACGACAUGCUGAACUUCUUUCUCGUUGGUACAACUGUAAUCUGUGUCCUGAUAGAACAACGUGGUGGCUCUUGGUUGAUGAGAACAUUAAACCCUGAUCCAGGAACAUUCUCUGCCUCUGCAUCUUGGACAUGUUGGCCUCCUAGUCUGAUGCAAGGGUCACAUGACUAGGGGAGGUACUGAAAGUGCUGCACUGUAAAACUAACAAACUUCUGAGUACAGACUAACUGUGAGAUAUGGAGCACUUCUUACCUUCACUGCAGUGUAUGUUUAUUACAUACAGAAUUUCAUGUUGCACACCACACUUCCUCUACCCAUUUGUCACUCCUAUUGUUUGUUUGACACGCAUAGUGAUGCUCCCAUGAUUAUUGACUCAUCAGCUUCAUAAAGUGUGGCUGGUCAGCAGCCGCGGUGACCACGUGUUCAUAAGACGUGUGAUCAUCAGCUCGUAAAAUAUCUUCUUGCUUGUCUCAAGUUAUUUACCUUCCUGUCACACGUUGGGUUUGUUCACACUGAAAAUGAAGCACAAAUUUUCAGUCCUCAUGUUUUAUAAAAAUGAAAACCAGUCAGUCGACAGUAGUUAGCCAAGGAUUGAUGUUAACGCUAGCUGGGCCGCCUCCUCAGGUCAUGUGACCCUCAGAUUUCCAUUUGGGUGUCUGACUGGUUCUAAAGGGAAAUUUCUAGAAUGUUUUGUUCUAAAACACAGAAAAGUUCCUGUUACAGAAAAGCUUCUAGGCCUGAGCCUUCUGCAAGAACAUCCAAGAUCCAUCUGUGAAGAGAAAGCUAAACAUGUAAGAGCAGCUUAAAUCGCUUGUUGCGCAUUUGAAAGGUCAAAGGUCCCAAGUCGUGUUUACACAUUUUUAACAUAAAGGACUCAAAGAUCCAGACUGCAGAGGACUGAAGGUCUGGACCCAGAUAGGCUGAAGGUUCGGUUCAGUGUGUAUCUAACUUGAAGGUUCAGGAUUUCAUCCGUUUUAUCUCCGAUUUUGUGAGAAAACACACAAACUGAGUCCUCCUGGUUUACUCCUCCUCAAACUGAAGCCAUUCAAACUGACCCGUCUGGAUUUAUAAUUUUGUGUUUUUGGUACUCAGAUCUCAGCUGACCUUGUGAGAGUGUGACUGUGUAUAUUUAUUAUUAUUAUUAUUAUUAAUAUGACUGUGGUUAUUAUUGUUAUCAUUCUUAUUGUGUUAAUUUGUUGUUGUGUUGUUUCUGACCUGCAUGAUUCAGAUUGUUUGGUGAUUUUUCUUUGAGUCUGUAAAGUAAGAAAAAGAAAAAACAAAAACUGUUAAACUGCACUAAAGAUUAAAGGUUCAUGUUUCAGUCUGUUCA